CCCGCCCCUCGUGUCACAUGACCGGAAACGAUGGAGGCGGCCAAGAUGGCGUCUCCCAAGAGCGCCCCUAAAGACGCGCAGGUGAUGGCGCAGAUCCUCAAGGACAUGGGCAUCACCGAGUACGAGCCGCGCGUCAUCAACCAGAUGCUGGAGUUCGCCUACAGAUACGUCACCACCAUCCUGGAGGACGCCAAGAUCUACUCGAGCCACGCCAAGAAGUCGAGCGUGGACGCGGACGACGUGCGGCUGGCGAUCCAGUGCCGCACCGACCAGUCCUUCACAUCGCCCCCGCCCCGCGACUUCCUGCUGGACAUUGCCCGCCAGAAGAACCAGACGCCGCUGCCGCUGAUCAAGCCGUACUCGGGCCCGCGGCUGCCGCCCGACAGGUACUGCCUGACUGCCCCCAACUACCGCCUGAAAUCCCUGCAGAAGAAGGUCUCCUCCACAGCAGGCAGGAUCACAGUCCCUCGCCUGAGCGUGGGCGCCGUGAGCAGCAGGCCCAGCACUCCCACUCUGGGCACGCCCUCAGCCCAGACUGUGUCGGUGUCAGCCAAGGUGGGCGCGCCGGUGUCGCUGGCGGGGCAGCGCUUCACGGUCCAGAUCCCGUCCUCACAGCCUGCUGGGAAAUCAGCCACUCCCACCACGCCCACGGUGCAGAACGUCCUGAUCAACCCCUCCCUGAUCGGCCCCAAGAACAUCCUGAUCACCACCAACAUGGUCCCGCCCGGCGCCGCCGACCCCAACCCGCUCAAGAGGAAACACGAGGAGGACGACGACUACGACGCCUUGUGAGGGCCCUCAGCCUUUCCCUGGGAUUCAUGGAGCCUUUCCCUGGGAUUCAUGGAGCCUUUCCAUGGGAUUCAUGGAGCCUUUCCUGGGGGAUUCAGGGAGCCUUUCCUGGGGGAUUCGUAGAGCCUUUCCCUGGGAUUCAGGGAGCCUUUCCUGUGGGAUUCGUAGAGCCUUUCCCUGGGAUUCAUGGAGCCUUUCCAUGGGAUUCAGGGAGCCUUUCCUGUGGGAUUCAGGGAGCCCUUCCAUGGGAUUCACAGAGCUCAUCCCAUGGGAUUCAUGGAGCUUUUCCUGGGGGAUUCAUGGAGCCUUUCCAUGGGAUUCAUGGAGCCUUUCCUGUGGGAUUCAUGGAGCUUUUCCUGGGGGAUUCAGGGAGCCCUUCCAUGGGAUUUACACAGACUCCAGGGGGUGGGAAUGGGCAGGAAGGCCCCGUUUGGGCCUUGGGAGUGUGGAAAUAAAGUGCAGAGUGUUUGUA